AAACCCUAAAAAUGAAGGAAAAUUAUUUUGCCUAAAAAAGAAACUGAUCGCAGUUCAUCUUCAGAUAGAGAAGGAGGCGAUGGAAGAAACGGAGAAUCGGAAGACGAUGGUGAUCGGUUUGAUAGAAAAGGCAACAAAUUCAACGGCGCAUGAGGUCGAUCCCCGCCUCCUCAAAGCCAUCAAAAGGAUCGUUCGUUUUUCCAAUUUCGAGCUUCAACUCUCUGCUCAAACCCUAAUGACCCUCAUGAAGCGAGAUCACUCCCAGGUACGCUUCCUUUCACUUCUAAUCAUCGACGAAUUGUUCAUGCGAUCAAAGCUCUUUAGAUCUGUUAUUGUCGAGAAUUUCGAUAAUUUAUUGACUCUAAGCAUAGGAUUUAGAAGAAAUUCGCCACUCCCUGCUCCUGCGUCCAUUGCAUCUCUAUUAAGAGCUAGGGCAAUUGAAUUCUUGGAGAAGUGGAAUGUUUCGUAUGGUGUUUACUACAGGCAGAUCAGAUUGGGAUUUCACUAUCUGAAGAACACGCUCCGGUUUCAAUUUCCAAACAUACAAGCAAAUGCAGCUCGAAUCGAUCGGGUGAGAAGGGAAAGGGAAGCGGGGACAAAAGAACUUUUGCUAAACAAGUUUGAAAAUCUGAAAUCAAAUAUUCAUUCAAUAAGGGAACAAAUUCAAUCAACUGUCGAUGAAAUUAAAGAGUGUCUGGAAAUCAUUACCUCUAGAGGUGAAAUCAUGCCUAUUGGUCCCUUGGACGAUGAAGAAGAAGUAGAAGAGUUUCAGUCUUCUGAACUUCGUAAGAUACGUCUCGAUUCAUUGAAGGAAGGAGAGAAGGUUCAUGAAGAUGGCGACAAUAAAGUAGUAUUUGAUGCAGUAAGAGAGCUCUACAAGGUAUUAGUAACUAAACACAUGGUUACUUUACAAGAGUUCAUAUCCGUCCUCAUUAGGGUUGAAGUGACAGAUAAUAGAUUCAGAGACAGGACUUUAAAAGAGUUUAUCGAUAUUAUAAAUCAUCUUAAGUUAUUGAAGAAGAAAUGUGAAGGAUCGGGCUGUGGUUUUCGCAAAUCUGCAUCUGAUAACGAAGAUAAUAUCUGGGAGGAAGGUACAGAUACAAUCAAGAAACCACCACCCAGUAGCACGAAUUCUUCCAUUUCCUAUAAACAAACUCCAGGUGCCUCAACUUCUUCGAUUGAGACGAAUAAUAAAGCUUCGGAUUCAAAGAUCGAAUUCAAAGAUAUCGAUCAUGAAAGGAAUAAGCUUCUGGAUACAAAGAUCGAAUUCAAAGAUAUCGAUCCUGAAAAGAAUAAGCUUAUGGAUACAAAGAUCGAAUUCAAAGAUAUCGAUCCUGAAAAGAAUAAGCUUCUGGAUACAAAGAUCGAAUUCAAAGAUAUCGAUCCUGAAAAGAAUAAGCUUCUGGAUACAAAGAUCGAAUUCAAAGAUAUCGAUCCUGAAAGGAAUAAGCUUCUGGAAGAAGCUCCAGUAAUUGAGUGGGGAUCACAUUUGGAUAACUGGGGUUCGAGGGAAUUUUUGGCUAACCAAAGGGGGAUGGAGUUUGAAUCUCAUUGGGGUAGGGUUGAUUAUGAUGCGGUUAUUCCAUCUGAGAAAAUCGAGGAGCUGAACAUUGGUGCAACUCUUUAUAAUGAAGAAUCAGUCGAAAUCCAUCCAUGUUCCGCUCCUUUGCGUAAAGGUGGUCUUUGCCAGAGAAGAGAUCUAAAGAUUUGCCCAUUUCACGGGCCUAUAGUUGCUCGUGAUGAUGAGGGGAAUCCCAUAAUUCAGAUUUGCUCGCCCGAAUCGGAUUUGCUCGAGCAAUUGGCUAAACAGGCAGUGAAGAAUGUUCAUGGUAGGGAUGAAGAUGAAGCGAAGAAUAGGGAAUUUCAUAAGAAGGCAAUGAAGCGUGCUAGGAUUGCAGAAGUUCGUGAACAUAAUGCUUCUGUUUUACGGGAUGCUGCAAUUGCAUCUACUUCAAGAUCUUCGGGUUUUGAAGAUGAAUUAAGGUUAACCAAUAGGAGGAGCAAAGAGCAAAGUCUAGCUUCGAUGUUGAAAAAGAAAGUAACAUCUAGAGAUAGGUUAUCUCAGCGUUUAUUGAACAGACGGGGAAGGGAUGCUGCUUGAGAAUUCAGUAGUGUAUAUUCGAUUUUCGCCCCUUUAUUCGUUUUUAAUUCACUUGUAAAAUAUUGGGUUUUUAUUUCUUGAAUCAUUUUUGAACAUUUUGGUUGAUUUAUUUAUGAACCGGUUACUAGAAUA